AGUAAUGUUUUAAUAUUUCAUUUAUUUUAAUUUUGUCUUUUGUCUGGAACGGAUGGAGAUCGUGGGGACAAUUUAUUAAAGAAAAAUAUACGCUUUGCAAGGCGAAGACAAAACGAAAUACAUUAAAUUAAUUAAUAAGUGCAAAAGUGAAAUACAAGACAAAAGAAAUAACAACAACAAUAAUAUACGGCAAAGGAAAGAAAACCCCCAAUUCUCGAAUCCAUGCAAACAAAAUUCCUAAACUCGGAAACUUAAAACUAUUUUUAGUUGUGUAAAAUAAUAAUAUUUUAUAUAUAAAAAAUAUGCUUACAUUUAAAAAAUUCGGUAGCUUUAUGCUACUAGUGUGUCUGAUAAUUGCCUCUGGAAAUUGUAUCCAAGAUGAAGUGUUGACAGAGGCAACAACGGCAGCGGCGUUGGAGGAGGAGACACCUCUGGAUGUCAAUGUCAAAGUUUUCACCGUGGCCACGGAGCGAACCGAUGGCUUCUUGCGUUACAUGCGUUCAGCCCAAGUCUAUGAUAUUGAGGUCACUGCCUUGGGUCUGGAUCAGGAAUGGAAGGGUGGUGAUAUGUCAAGUGUUGGUGGCGGUUUUAAAGUCAAUCUAUUGAGAGAAGCCGUCAAACCAUUGAAAGAUGAAAAGGAUACACUCAUUAUGUUUACAGAUAGCUAUGAUGUUGUCUUCACCUCCCGCCUAACGGAAAUUGUGAAAAAAUUCAAAGAGACCGGUGCCCGAGUCUUAUUCUCAGCCGAAAAGUUUUGCUGGCCUGAUGUAAAGUUGGCCUCAAAAUAUCCCACUGUCGAACCCAAAGCCUCAAGAUAUUUAAAUUCUGGUGCUUUCAUUGGUUAUGCUCCCGAAAUAUGGCAAUUGUUGCAACCCAGCAUUGAAAACUUAGAAGAUGAUCAGCUGUAUUACACCAAAUCGUAUCUCAAUGAAGAAUUGCGGGAGAAGUUGGGCAUGAAAUUGGAUGUGGAGUCUCAUAUCUUCCAAAAUCUAAAUGGGGCCAAGGAUGAUGUAAAAUUGGAUGUAGAUUUGGAUACCAAUCGUGGUACCUUGAAGAAUAUCAAUUUCCUUACCACACCCAGUGUGAUACAUGGCAAUGGUCCUAGCAAAGUGGAAUUGAAUGCCUUUGCCAAUUAUUUGGCCAACACCUACAAUCACAAGUGUUUGAUAUGUCAGGAGAAUCGUUUGAAAUUGGAUGAAAAGAACUUACCCAUUGUCACCUUGGCUUUGAUUGGCAUCACACCCGUGCCUUUCUUUGAUAUGUUCCUGAAUCACACCGCUUAUAUUCACUAUCCUAAAAAUCGCAUGCAUUUGUUCAUCUACAGCGGUGUGGAGUAUUUGGAUGCCAUGGCCAAAUCCCAUUUGAAGAAAUAUGAAGAGGAAUAUUUGUCGGCUAAAAUUGUUCUAUCCACCGAUCAGUUCGAUGAAAGAAGGGCUCGUCAAUUGGCUGUGCAACAAGCCAAACAAAAGAAAAGUGAUUAUAUUUUCUUCAUUGAUGCCGAUACUCAUGUCGAUGAUAAGGAACUAUUGCGGGAAUUGAUGACUUAUGAUCGGCAAUUCAUUGCACCCGUUGUUGCCAAAUACAAUGAACUGUGGAGUAAUUUCUGGGGUGCCCUAUCCGAAGGUGGCUACUAUGCUCGCUCUCCCGAUUAUGUGGACAUUGUGAGGGGUGAUAUUCUUGGCAUGUGGAAUGUGCCUUAUGUGUCCAGCAUUUAUUUGAUCAAAAGCACUGCCUUUAAACAUCUCAACUAUGAUCAUCAAUAUUAUGACCCCGAUAUGGCCAUGUGUGAAUCACUUAGAAAUGCGGGUGUUCAUAUGUACAUCAUCAACGAUCGUUUCUAUGGCCAUUUGGUUAAUGCGGAAAAUUUCGAUAUCACUGUUACCCGUCCCGAUUUCUAUACCCUAUUUACGAAUAAAUUCGAUUGGACCCGCAAAUAUAUUCAUGCCGAUUAUGAAAAACAAUUGGAGGCUAACUAUAGCUAUAAUCAACCCUGUACCGAUGUAUUUUGGUUUAAAAUUGCCACAGAUGCUUUCUGCGAUGAUAUGGUGGCCAUUAUGGAGGCAUUUGGCAAGUGGUCGGAUGGCAGCAAUAAAGAUGAACGUCUAGAGGGUGGCUAUGAGGCAGUGCCGACACGUGAUAUCCAUAUGAAACAAGUUGGUUUGGAUGCACUGUGGUUGGAGUUUUUGAAUGAUUUCGUAAGGCCAUUGCAGGAGAAGGUGUUUUUGGGUUAUUAUCAUAAUCCUGUCCGUUCUUUGAUGAACUUUGUGGUACGUUAUCGUCCCGAUGAACAGCCCUUCUUGAGGCCCCAUCACGAUUCUUCCACCUACACCAUUAAUAUUGCCUUGAACCGUGCCGGCAUUGAUUAUGAGGGUGGCGGCUGCCGUUUCUUGCGUUACAAUUGCUCGGUAACGGCCACCAAAAAGGGUUGGAUGCUCAUGCAUCCUGGCCGCUUGACCCACUAUCACGAAGGCUUGAGAGUAACCAAUGGCACUCGCUAUAUUAUGAUUUCUUUCAUUGAUCCAUAAAUGAAGGAAUUCCCAAGCAGCCCCACCACUACCACCGUUGCCGCCGCCGCCAUUAUGGCUAUGCACAAUUUAUCCAAAGAAUACUUUAACUUUUAGUCUUCUGUUUGGUUUCGCAAGAAAAUUCCCGAACAGAUGUGUUAAAAUAUAAACGAGAAUCUCUCUGUGUUCGUUGUAGCGUUCAAUAGUUUUUAAGUCUUAAAAUUAUGUUUUCCAAAAAAAUGUCAUGUAACUUCGAGUUUUAAUGUACGAUCUUUUGUUCUCCAUACAAACGAUUUUGUGAGUUCAAAGUUCUGCAUUAAAACUUAACCCUUUUCCCCUCUUUCUUCUCGAUAUGUGUAAUUACGUUUUUAGUAAUGACUAGAUGUUCUUUCCCUGUGUACAUUACAUACAAUAUAUACAUUUGUUUCCUAAUAGUCUUUAAAAGCAAU